ACAUUGUUUUGUAAUGGCGGCCAACAGGUGAAUAUUCUGGACAGCUGGAGUUUAUCGCUACGAAAGACAUUUUGAUUUAUAGACCCAUUAACUGGCAUUUAAUCUUGAAGGUGACAAGUAAAUUAAAAUAGAAGCUCUAUAGGAAAGAAAAUUGAAGAUGGGGGCAGGUGCCUCUGUUGAAGGUGGUGAUCAAAUAGAAGAUCAAAUGUAUGCACAGAAAUCCAGUGCAGCUAUGACAGGCGAUACAUCAGCUGAAAGGUCAAAGACUUCCCUUGUCAGUAACAGCAAUGUUAUAAAAGGAUCAAAUAAUUUACUUGUACAGAGAUCAAAAAUUCUAGCAGAUGGUACAGAAGCAGUGAUACAUGUUGCAAAGACUGGAUUUUCUGAACAUGAAGUAACAGUUAUUGAGGGACAGGUAGUUGAUUUUAUAUGGGAAGAAACCACUUCAAAUAUGAGUCUGGUACAAGUUGUUCAUGAUGGUGAGAAAUUACGUCCUGUUAUUGGUGGAUAUCAGGUUAAUCCGGAUGAAUGUGGUGGGUUAUAUCAUCAACAGUUUAAUAUAGAAGGAGAAUAUAAAUUUGCGCUAUCUGGUAUUAGAUGCACGCCAGUAACUGUAAAUGUUAAACGUAAAAUGGAUCUAGAGGCAAGGGUAACAGACAAUGGGUUUCAACCAAGUAUUAUUCAUGUUGAUCAAGGUCAUGCUAUAACUUGGUCAUGGAAGAACUGUUCAGUGCCACACACUAUGCAGGAAGUCACAUUUUUAAUGGAUAGGGGUUGUUUUAAAAAACAGUCAACUAAUCCAAGUAUGGUAGCUACAGUGACUGGAGGAUAUAGACAGCAGUUUCAACGCACAGGAUUAUAUUAUUUCCUUACAGAGAGUGGACAAGAAGUGGGCAAAACACAUUUAUGUAUUGUACACGUCCUUGAUGCCAUCAGGGAAUAUAAAUUGGAGAUUUUAGAUCGAUCUUUUCAGCCAAUGAUACUACUAAUAGAAGAAGGAGAUAGAGUCUGGUUUCUUUGGGAUAAAUUCAAGUGCAAGAAAUCUCACAGUAUCUAUCAAAUAGAAGCACCACCUAUAGGAUAUAGUGAUCAAGAACCCUAUAUUCCGACAAAAGAUGGAUUUAGAUGGUCAGCACCAAGUAAACAAGGAUUAUUAUCACAUCAGUUUCAUAAAGCUGGUGUAUUUUACUUCUCAGACCAAAAUUUUGAUGAAGCAGCCGAAUAUAUCGGAACAAUUAUUGUCAAACCUAAACAAAAAGAACACAUUGUAAAUCUUACAGAAAAGGGAUUUAUACCAGAUUUACUGUAUGCAUAUACCGGUGAUAGAGUAUGGUGGACAUGGAAUGGAGAUUCUGUAACAGAUCUCAUAGAAAAUCUACUUAUUGUAGAAGAAGAUAAAUGUUUAAACCCUGCAGCCAAAAAUAAGCCUGCAUCCCCAAUAUCGGAAGAUUUGUACCAUGUAUUAGAUGGGGAAUCAGCAGGAUUAAUGACAAGAGUUGGAUUAGCUACCAAUCAUUUCACAACUAUUGGUGUCUAUCAUUAUCGUAUAGCUGAAACUGAUGAGAGUGUUAAUACUUGUUCUAUUAUUAUAAACCCAGGAUCAAAGAAUAAUACAGUUCACUUAACAGACAAUGGAUUUGAACCAAAAGUGCUAACAAUUCGUCCAAAUGAUCGUGUUUGGUGGGUAUGGCAGAGUUGUAAGAAACAACAUAAUAUUUUACAAGUCUCACAUCAAGGAGGAAGAAUAGAUGGGGGGUUUUCAAGUGGACAACCACGAGAUAGUCCUUCAGCCUAUGUUUACCAGUUUAUUUCACCAGGAGUUUAUUAUUUUAUAAGUGCAAAUCUUCCAAAGUUAUUUGGAGCUAUUGUUGUGUCAACACAACCACAGGUGCAUGAAGUAACAGUAUCAAACACUGAAAUUUAUCCUGAUCCGGUUACGGUACAAACCAAUGAUAUAGUUUGCUGGGUGUUCCGCCAACCACAGUUUUAUGACAUUAAUCAAAUUGAGACAUUAGACCAACUGUUAGAUGGUCAGAUGUCAGAGAAUCUAUUUUCACCUAGGCGGUGUAUUGGUAGAGCAGUGAGUACUAGUGGUUCUAUUCAUCUAGUUAGUAAAUCAUUCCAAAAGAAGAAAGUCACAAUUACUGAUCAAGUAAAACUGAGUAGUGUUAUAUGUGAUGAUCGUUAUGAUAACACAACAAUACGUGUAGAUAAAAAAGGAUUUCAUCCGUCAAAAGUUUAUCUAAACACAGGUCAAUCUGUUUUGUGGAAUUGGAAAGGAACAGAUGAAGAACAUUUAUUAAACUUUUUGAAUAAAGCAAUAUAUUUCUUUUAA